CUUCGACCAGCACUAUUGGGCGGAACGUCUCGCCUACCUGGACCUCAGUCCUCCGCCGCUCCCCCGCGACGUGCUGUUUGGGAGUCGCGCCGGCAGGGCCACGCAGGGACAAAGCAGUGUAACCACAGCAGCAGCAGCAGCAGCAGCAGCAGGGGCACCGAAUGACAUCCGCAGCAGCAUGGAGGCCCCAGCAGGUUUCAGUGACCCACGGGUCAUCGCGGCCGCUUCACGCGCCCUGGCCGCCGCCUUAAAGGACGCCUUGGGGCCGGACAAGCUGAGGGCCGCCCGCCGCAUGGCUCAGGAGCUAGCCCAGGAGGAUGGGCUGGAAGCGGCUUCACGCGCCCUCAUGCGCUGUUUGGCUGCAUAGAGCAACAGCAGCAGCAGGUGCUGCUGCAGGCUGCUGAGACCUGCCGCUAACCUGGUGUGUAUGAUGAGGCAGCUGAGGAGGCGGGGCGGGGCUGCUUGGCCACACCGGCAGGUGUUGGAGACACCAACAGUUGUUAAAGCCGUUCGCGACAACACAAACCGGU